AUGGCACAGCAAGCGCUAAAGCUGGAGCAGGAUAAACUCUGCUGUUCCAUCUGUUUGGAUCUUAUGAAAGAUCCUGCAACUAUUCCCUGUGGACACAGCUACUGCCUGAACUGCAUUAAGAAGUACUGGGAUGAGGAGAAUCAGAAGGAAAUCCACAGCUGUCCUCAGUGCAGACAGACCUUCAGACCGAGGCCCGACCUGGUGAGGAACACUGUGUUGGCAGAUUUAGUGGAGGAGAAGAGGAAGGUGAGACCUCAAGCUGCUCCUGGUGAUCCAAACUCUGUUAAAUGUGGAGAUGUGGAGUGUGAUUUCUGUACUGAGAAGAAACUGAAAGCUGUAAAGUCCUGUCUGCAGUGUCUGGUCUCUUACUGUGAGCAGCACCUCCAGCCUCACUUUAACGUCGCUGCUUUAAAGAAACACAAGCUGGUUGAGCCGUCAAACAAGCUGGAGGACAGUGUCUGUCCCCUUCAUAGUGAGGUGAUGAAGAUCUUCUGCCGCAUUGAUCAGAGCUGCAUCUGUUAUCUCUGCCUAAUGGAUGAACAUAAAGGCCACGAGACGCUUUCAGCUGCAGCAGAAAUGAGUAACAAGCAGAAAGAUCUGGAGGCGAGUCAGGAGAAGGUCCAGCAGAGGAUCCAGGAGAGACAGAAGGAAGUGAAGAAGCUUCAGCAGGUGGUAGAGGACAUCAACCAGUCUGCUGAUAAGGCUGUGAGGGAUAGCGAGAAGAUCUUCACAGAUGUGAAGCAGCAGAUCAGAUCUCGACAGAAAUCUGAGGUGAACAAAGUGAACGAGCUCCAGGAGAGGCUGGAGCAGGAAAUCAAGGAGCUGAGAAGGAGAACCACUGUGUUGGAGGAGCUCUCACAGACUAAAGACCACAUCCAGUUUCUGCAGAGCUACAGCUCCUUAUCACGUCUCAGUGAAGCUGCAGACCUGACCCAUAUCAACGUUCAGUCUCUGACCUUCAACCAAGACGCUGAAGGAACAGUGUCUGAGCUCAGAGAGAAACUACAGGAUGUUCUCAGCGAGGAAUGGACCCAAGUCCCACCGACAGGGACUGACAUGGAUGUUCUGGUUCCACAGGCAGAACCAAAGACUAGAGAGGAAUUCCUGGAAUACGUCUGUCCUCUUUCAUUAGGUCCAAGGACUAAACACAAAUGCAUCAGCGUUGAGAAUAAUUUGAGGGCAAAGUAUCAAUAUGUAAAUUAUGUUUUCCAUGGUCACCCAGACGAGUUCUCAGAUUGGCCCCAGAUUUUGUGUAGAGAAAGUCUGACUGGCCGUUGUUACUGGGAGGUGGAAUGGAAGGCAGAAGACAGCUGGGAUGUUUUUAUAGCUGUUUCAUACAAGGAAAUCAAGAGAAAAGGGGAUGAAAGUGCGUUUGGAAACAAUAAAAAGUCCUGGGCUUUGCAGUGUUGCAAUGAGGGUUACGACUUCAGACAUGACUGCAUCAGAACUCCUGUCUCCGGUCCGAUCUCAUCCAGAGUAGGGGUCUACCUAGAUCAUAGUGCAGGUAUUCUGUCCUUUUACAGCAUCUCUGACAACAUCAUGACGCUCCUCCACAGAGUCCAGACUACGUUCGCCAGGCCUCUCUGUCCUGGGUUUGGUUUAUAUACUACAACCUGUGCUGAGUUUGUUGAUUUUUUAGCAGAAGAUUAUCAAUCUGAUUAA